AUGGGGAAUCACACAAGCCACGAGCAGCCGACGGCAACCGGCGUCACGGACAACGAGCUGCGCCUCGCCCCGCACAACUUCUACCUCGUCUUCGGCAAGCCGUCCAUUCAUUUUGUGCGUGACCGUGUGCGAGGGCCACUCCUCUAUGACGUGGAAGUGGAGUAUGACGACGAUGAGAACCUUGUGGAGCACGCGACGACGCUCGACCUCACGUGCGCGGUGCCACGUCGGCAGAAGAUUGAGCUCAUCAGCGCACCAUCGGCGUCAUCAAAAGCUGUCGGUGCCUCCAAGGGGCUUGCGCUCACGUUCCAGAUCGCGGCGACGCAGCCGCCGGAGCGGGUGCGUGUGUACGCUGGUGCGUCGGUGGAGUACCGCGUCCGCGAUGGUGUACGGCUGAAGACCAGCGGUGGUGUGGCGGCGGGGUCGGUUUGCAUCCUUGAUACCACCGAGACGGUGGGUCUCACAACAGUCGUCACCAACCCCCUGGUACUGCCUCAGCUGCUCCAGCCUCUCAAGUACGAGGAAACUGCCAGCACGCUCGCAACCUCAACGGUGCAGCGGGUAUCCUACGCCCCGCUCGCCAUCGAGGUGCUUGUUGGGAGGACGGAGGACCCAAUCAACAAGACACAGCAAUGUGCCCCUGCCGACAAAGCCGCGCAGGAAGCGACGCCGGCACGGUCACAGCCGCUGCAGCCCAGCAAGAAAGGGAUUGUGCAGUACACUUUCCUGGAGGCGCCGGAGGAGGCCUCCCCGCGGCCAGCGUCUUCGCUCGGUGGCAGAGAGGCUCGAGGGGUCCAUCGCCUCACCUGCAAGGUGGCGAAGCAGCUACUCCAGGUAGGGAACGAGGUUUACGAUUUGGAGGACGUCUUCGACGACGGCCGCGAGGACGCCGUGCGCGACCCUGGCACGGAUGAGGAAGAUGAGGAGGGGCUCUGCGUGAUUUGCCUGACAAAUCAAAAGGACACCACCAUCCUGCCGUGCCGCCACAUGUGUCUAUGCAACGAGUGCGCCGCACACCUGCGUCUCAGCGACAACCGAUGCCCCCUGUGCCGCGGCUAUAUCGAUCGCGUCAUGACGCUUUAG